CCUGCGGUUUUGCGCAGACGCAAUUGCGUCCCUUUUCGACGUCUCUCUGAAUCGGUUCCUUAGCAUACGACACCGUUAGCCACUGAUUCUCACCGGUCGGCAAGAUGUUCAGAGCCGUUGUUCGACUUUCAACCUCUGGGGUACGGAGUUUAGCGCGGACACGACCAUGUUUCUCGGCUCCUUUGGCCUCCCGAUGCUACUCCCAUGCCAUGGAGACAGAUGAGGAGUUUGAUGCCCGUUGGGUCACUUAUUUCAGCAAGCCAGACAUUGAUGCCUGGGAGCUGAAGAAAGGCAUGAACACACUAAUUGGCUACGACCUGGUACCUGAACCCAAAAUCCUUGACUCAGCUCUUCGCGCUUGCCGAAGGUUGAAUGACUUGGCCAGUGCCAUCCGCAUCCUUGAGGCAGUCAAGGACAAAUCUGGCCCCCACAAAGAUAUCUACCCAUACCUGAUUCAAGAACUGCAGCCCACUCUGACUGAGCUGGGUAUCUCCACACCUGAGGAUCUGGGCAUGGACAAAUUAUAGACAUCUUCUUGGUAAUCUGGUGUCCAACGAGAUGAACCACUUCUCAAGUCUCUGCCUUGUCCUGGUGUCUGUGUGAUGUUGAUUUAAUCCACGCUCUCCUGUUGUGUACAAAAUUAUGGAUUUAAUAAAGCAAUAUCUAUUGAC